AUGACAGAGAAAGAAGAGAUUCUAGAGCUUGGAUUAUAUAAGAAUGACGAAUAUCUUCAACCCUUCAAAUCUGACAUCGAUCGUCGCUACCGAAAAUUCCUCUCGACCAAGUCUGAAAUCGAAGCUGCCGAGACGCUAGAAUCGUACACCCGUUCUUACGAAAAAUUUGGGCUCCAUGUGACUCCGGAUAAAGAAAUCGUUGGCUUGGAAUGGAUUCCAGGAGCCGAGGCAGUCUGGCUCAGAGGCGAUUUUAACGAUUGGAAACGCACGGAAUACGCGUUUUCAGCCGAAGAUUUCGGAAAAUGGAGUAUUCGAAUUCCACCAAACGAAGAUGCUCACUAUCUUGGUCAAAUCUACUGGUCAACUGAUCGACCGCAUUUCCCCUGGGCAAAAUACGUUUUUCAAGAACCCAAAGAAGUCGUCUACGAUUGGCAUUUCUACAACCCUGGAGAAAGAGAAAAGUAUGAAGCGAAGUUUGACAGGCCGGAGAAGCCCAAAGCGCCGAAAAUCUACGAAGCUCAUGUUGGUAUUGCUUCUGAUAAGAAAGGAAUCAGCUCUUACGCAGACUUCACAAACAACGUCCUCCCGCGAAUUGCUAAAAACGGUUACAACGUAAUCCAACUGAUGGCCAUCCAAGAGCAUGCCUAUUACGCAAGUUUUGGUUACCAAGUGACUUCGUUUUUCGCACCCAGUUCGCGCUUUGGCACUCCUGAUGAACUCAAAGAACUGAUCGACUGCGCUCAUGGUUUGGGAAUUCAAGUUCUUCUCGACAUUGUCCAUUCUCAUGCGAGCUCCAACGUCGCGGACGGGUUAAACGAAUUUGACGGAACUGACAGCUGCUUUUUCCAUGGAGGAGCAAGAGGACAUCAUGCUCAGUGGGGCUCUAGAAUCUUCAAUUACAAUGACUGGGAAGUCAGGCGAUUUUUGCUCUCGAACUGUCGAUACUGGGUCGAAGAGUUUGGAUUCGAUGGAUUCAGAUUUGAUGGAGUCACGUCAAUGCUUUACCAUCAUCAUGGAAUCGGAACUGGCUUCACUGGAAAUUACUCGGAAUACUUUGGAUUGCAAGUUGAUGAAGAAUCGAUCCUUUAUCUUCAAUUGGCUAAUGAUUUUCUACAUAAAACUUAUCCAUUUCUUACGACCAUUUCCGAAGAUGUUUCUGGCAUGCCAGGAAUGUGCCGACCAGUUGAAGAAGGAGGAAUCGGCUUUGAUUUCCGCCUGGGAAUGGCCGUACCGGACAUGUGGAUCAAGCUACUCAAAGAACAAAAAGACGAAGAUUGGAACAUUGGACACAUUUGCCACACGCUGGAGAAUCGAAGAUAUGGCGAGAAAGUCAUUGCGUACGCAGAAUCACACGACCAAGCGCUCGUUGGAGACAAGACGCUAGCCUUCUGGAUGAUGGACGCGCAGAUGUACACGAACAUGAGCGUUCUUAGCGAAAGAACAGACGUUAUCGACCGUGGCAUGGCCCUGCAUAAGAUGAUAAGACUGCUGGUCCACGCGCUUGGCGGAGAAGGAUAUUUGAAUUUUAUCGGAAACGAAUUUGGCCAUCCAGAGUGGCUAGAUUUUCCGAGAAAGGGAAAUGGCGAAUCUUAUCAGCACUGUCGACGACAGUUUUCGCUUGCUGAAGAUUCUCUGCUUCGUUAUCAAUUUUUGGAGAAUUUUGACUCGGCAAUAAAUGACCUGGAAAAGAAAACAUGUUGGCUUUCUGCUCCGCCUGGUUAUUCGACGAGGAAAUCGGAGGGUGACAAAGUGAUCAUCUUCGAUCGUGCGAAUUGCAUCUUUGUAUUCAACUUCCACGCUUCCAAGUCGUAUUCCGACUAUCAAUUCGGCGUCCGGGAGCCAGGGAAAUACCAACUCGUUCUUGAUUCAGACGAGGAGCGUUUCCACGGCCACGCUCGACUAGCAAAAGAUCAAGAAUUCUUCACAUCUCCCGAUGAAUCUGAUAAUUGUGCCCAAUCGCUCAACAUUUACCUUCCUUCCCGCGCUUGCAUCGUCCUCCAGAAAGAAUAA